AUGGAAAUGCUGGGGAGGCGAUCAAGCUACGCCCUCAUCAGUCAGGACCCUGACGACCAGCCCCCCCAAUUCUCCGAUUCGCUUUCCUCCUCCGACCGGUCUCGCUUCCCUCUUCCCAGGCCUUCCGCGGGACAUCCCGGGGCCGGGGGUAGCUUCGACUGGUUCUUCCAUCCCGAAGCGCGGACGAUGCCGAUUCAGCGGCAGUCCAGCGGAAGCAGCUACGGAGAGAGCUCGCUGUCCGGGGAUUACUAUCUCCCCACCAUCACCGUGCCCGCCGCCGAUCUCGAUGCGGCGCACUACAACCCGGUGGGGGGUCUUGCGGUGGAGUCGAGUGCGAAGGCGUUGUCGUUGACCAAGAGCUGGGCGCAGCAAGCGGAGGAGGCGUACCAGCUGCAGUUGGCUGUUGCGCUGCGGCUCUGUACCGAGGCCACUUGCGCCGACGAUCCCCGUUUCCUCGACCCUGGCGAGUCCGCUCUCCCGCAGAACCCGGCAUCGGCGGUUUCCAUAUCUCACCGGUUCUGGGUACGUGUACCCAUCUCUCCUACUCUUGGAUAAUUCAAGAAAAUUGCUUCCUUUUAGAUCCUUCUAUACCCCGACUCAAACGACCAUAUUAGCUGUCGAUAAGCGAAACGACAGACCCCUGUGGAGUUUCAUCCCCGUGGAAAGAUCCACGGAGGAAUGGACUAUAUUUGAACGUUAUCUCUGCACGGGUGUCCAUCGAUGCAUGCCGCUCUCUGCAAGAAUAGUCGCGAUUGCUUCAACUAUUUCGUCAGGGCCAGGCAGUAUCCUCGCUGCAAGUCUACGAUCGAUCCACCGGACAAAGAAGAGAGAAAUUUUAGUGUCUUGCAUGCGUAAAUACUGGAGAAGUCUGCGUCCCACUUCAUGCAGUUGUGCUUAUGCUGACGCACGUGUAGUCGUCUAUACCAUCUGCAUUCAUAAUUCAGCUCGUCUUGUCUUACGAGUGUUUCAGUCGGUGCUUACAACUUAUUAAGACUUGCGACUUCACUCAUGCCUCAACAAAGGCUGUACACUGGCUCUCAUCCAACGAACGUCUGCUUCUGCAUCAUUAUAAGUAUGCAUUCAAAACUGUUCCUUGUUCUUUUUUGCCAGGUCAAUGGGUGCUUGUCUUUCUAUGAUCGGAUUCCAGAUGGGUUUUACCUGAUUCAAGGAAUGAGUCCACAUGUAUGGACUCUAUGUACCGAUGUGCGUGAAGACAGUCGAAUCCCUUCAAUUCAGCUACUGAAGAAUAUGAGCCCGAAUGAUUCAUCCGUCGAGGUGGUUGUGAUAGAUAAACAGAAUGAUUCUGAUUUAAGGAAGCUUCAGGAAGUGAUAUCUGACAUUUCUUGUGCAUGCAAUACCACAAAAGAUGUGGCAAGUCAGCUCGCUGAGCUGGUCUGCAGUCGGUUGGGGUAUGUUCUCUUGGUGUUUCUUUGUACGGACUGUUUGGAGCAUCAUGUAGUAGUCCCUCGUGCUAACUAUUAAAGUCUUAUUCUUAUCUCAAGGGGCGCUGCUUCUAGUGAAGAUGAUGGCUUGGCCCUUCGGUGGAAAGUUUGCAGUGACACUCUCAAGGCGCAGUUAACGUCUGUUGUUCUCCCAUUGGGGAGAUUAUCCGUGGGUCUAUGCUGUCAUCGUGCUUUGCUCUUCAAGGUAAAUUUAAAAAUCUCUUCUUAUACAUUUCAAAGGCAUUCUUUAUUUUGUUGACAAUUGUCAAGUUUUCACUAAAAGAUUUAGUUAAUUCUCCGAAAGUCCAAGCGUGGAAUUUAGAUCGCCACUGACAAUGGAACUUUAUUCUCUUUGAUCGAUGGUUAAAUAUUUGCUAAAAUUAUUCACAUUUCUUGAAUAAAGUAUGAAUUUCAUUUUGGCUUUCUUCUUCUUUGAUCUUUCGUAACUUGUGUUCUGCUUUGUUUUGACAGAUUCUCGCAGACUCAAUUGACUUGCCAUGCAGAAUUGCCAAAGGCUGUAAAUAUUGCAAGACGGAUCAUGCUUCCUCCUGUCUAGUGAGAUUUAGUCAGGAACGGUAUACAAAACAACCUUUGAUCCUUAUUCAUCUGUUCUUGGUCCUAUUGGCUAGUGGCGAGUAUCUUAUUUUAGACUUCCACAUGCUUAUAUGGUUUACUUAUGACAAUUAUUCGAUGAGCAUCAGUUAAAAAAAGAAUCCAGUUGUUUAGCUUUCUGAACUAUCAUAAUACGCUGUAACAUCAGGAAUAUGUCCAUACCUUAGAUCUUCAAAUGUUUCUGUGAAUUGGUUCUGGACUUCUAGCUUGAACAUAUUUUAAUGGGAAUACAGUUCACAAUGAUACUCAAUCAGUCUUCGAUAUUCGCCAAAAUUGAGAUAAUUUAUGUUUCAUUUGGCUCUUUCGUGAAUAUCAGCCCUAUGGACGAUAAUGUAAUCCCUUUUGCUUGCAGUAGUAUGUUGGGUUAUAUUUAAGGCCGUCACCUCCUUUGAUUAGUUUAAGCUUCGGGAUAAAAAAUGGCCGUAUGGACGAUAAACCUAGUCUCUCUGAAGUUUCCUCAGUUAUUUUUUUGCGGUUCGCACUUCUUGUUUAUUUGAUCAUAAAGUUUUUAAAAUCUAUGGAUCCUUCACUUAAGCUAGCAGAUAGGCCCAUGAGAAAAAGCUGAAGAUGAUAAUCUGAAUGAUUAACAUCUGAUAAAAAGACGCGUUUCAAUUGAUAUGACAUAUUUGAUUGAUAUUUGUGAGAUAAGGUCCUACAGGCUGUCCACAUGUUAGGGAUUGUGUGCUCUAGUGCACAGGUUUGAUAUGGUUCUUCCAAACUAUAGUGUCCUGGGAAAAUGGGUAGAACCUGCCCAAUUGUUUUCUAUUGUCCUUUGUAUUUCUUUAUUUGGUCGCGUUUCUCCCUAGGAUUUUUAAUCCAAUCUUAUAUUACCUUGUCGUGCUACGUUGUAUGUAGCUUAAUUAGGAAACAAUUGUGAUCGUGAUGCUUAUAAUUCGCGCCAGGAUUUUGUUCAGAAGAUUUUUUUUUGUACAUUAGUAAUCAAUAUCUUCGGAAUCUUUGCAGGGAGUUCAUUGUUGAUCUAAUUGGGAAACCUGGAGAAUUGUGUGAGCCCGAUUCGUUGCUUAAUGGUCCUUCCUCCAUCUCAAUUUCGUCUCCCCUCCGUCCUCCUAACUCCAGAUCAACUGAAAUUACUGAGAAUUGGAGAUCAUUAGCACAGCAGUAUUUUUUAGAAUGCCAAUCGGUCAAUGGUCUCUUCACUCCCGAGGGUAAUCUUCGUUUUCUCUUUAUUCCCCCUCCCCUCCUCCUCCCCCCUAUUAUUAUGUUUUUAGUAUUUAUUUUGUAAUAGACCGUCAUAGUAAUGGAUUUUUCUUGUGAGUGACCUGGGCGUUCUUUUCUCAAACAAGAAGUUCAUCAUUCAUUUUGAAACUUUGAAACUUUGAAACCUCUUUUUCACUGUCUAAUUCAGAUUUUUCGUCAUUGAUAUAAUGCAGCUAAGCCUCUAAAACGAUGUAAAUGAGAAAAAUAAGGACAAAUUAUUGAAAGCUGGUUUUAGGUCCUAUGCAUCCUGAAAUGUCUUGCUCAUCAUCCACUUCAUUCUUGAGGUUUAAAUGCUCCAUUUCUUGAUUGUUUUUUUCUUCAGAUAAGGAUAAGGCUGAAUGAUAAUCUUCGUAGUCUUUAAUUAGGUGUAGUAACUAUGAUGUAAAAUUGAACAGUGUGACUUAUAUCUAUCAUUAAAACUGUGGAAGGGAGUAACAUUUUCAUGAUGAGCAGUAACGAAAGAAUCGAAUUCAAGAUCAACUGAAGGUUCACUUCCUCUGUAAGUCCAAGAGCCUUAUACGUAAUAGCCCAAGUUUCCCUCUGUUAAAAAAGCCUGUCAUUCUUCGUAAGCUUUCAUGUUGAGGAGAAUACGUACGUGGGAUUUACCGGAUCGUGACCGACUGGGAGAUUAAAUUCAUGAGUAAAUUCUUGCGGAUUAAAGUCUUUGCGUUAAGGGAUUAAACUGUUGGGUUAAGGGAUGUGGAUUUCGUUUUAAAAGUAUUUUUUUUGGGUUUCCACUUUCCAAAGGAAGUCCUUGGUUUCCAUCAUUAUUUUUUGGGGAUGAAGAUGCGGUAGAGAAGCACUCAUCUUGUGAAUUAUAUCAGGAUACGAAAAAGUCAUUUUGGUCCAUGAUAGAUAGUUUUGGGUCUGUUGGACCAUCGUAUUGUCUGUUUUUUUUUAUAUAAGAUUGAACAUAGUCAAAUAACUAUCUCUAUGAAAUGAAUUCCUUUUCAUACCCUUCUCUGGAUAUUUUGUUAUCCACGACAAACUAUGUGCUUUCUCUGACGAAGACCUUAGUAUGCAACAGUGGAUAAAUUUUUAUUUCCUAAUUUUCCUUGGCUAUUUUUAAACCCAUGAUGCUCGAUGUAUAUUUAAAAUGAAGAGAUAUUUACCUUACAUUUUCUGGUGUUGGAACACUUUGGUAGUUUGUUUUUAGGUGGGGGGGAAAGUAGAUUAAACAGCACAGUAUUUUGGUUAAUAGAGGCCCUGAAGCUUCACCGGCGAUUUCAAAAGUGCUGUCAGAUCCAGAGCCAUAUAUAGACUGAUUGGAAUCGUCUAUGACCUUUAAUUUUCGUGGGUUGUACAGGUUUGGUAAAGAAGAAACCAAGCUUAGAAUUGGCCAGAAUGGGUGGAAAUGUCAUUCACAAUUAACAACCCACAUUGUUGCCUCUGGGAUGGGCUGCCAUUAUUUUUACAUAAUGGGCUGCUGUAGGGAUCUCUCUUAACCAACACAAGCGUGUGUAGAAUUAACAGGAGAGGAAGAGGGAGAGGUGCUAGAAGGUCAAGUCGCAGUGGUGCUGCUUCUGGCGCUAAAGAGAGGUGCAAUUGCAUACACCAGAGUAUAGAGAUAAAGCAAUUAGGGGAGAAUGAGGGUAUAUGCUUACGUUGCUAUCACCAUUACUUGGACUCCUCCUUGUGGUGCUGUUUUCCUUCUCUUUCACCCUUCCCUUGUAUCUCUUGUUUCCCUCCUUUCAAUACGCCUACUCUUUUGUCUUCCCGUUCUCUUCCAUCUCCGUAUUCUUUCAUCAGCUUUUGUUUAGCCUACGAUGCUUGCUUACUCUUAUUUGCCACGCUUCAUUGCUGGAAUUUAGUUUCACUGGUCUUUUUCAUGGAUCUCGUUCGUUCUCAUUACGAAAAUUGAUUUGUACAGGGUUAGGAGCUGAUCAGACCAACACGGAUAAUGUUACCUUUUUCAAACCACCGGCAGUUUCCAUUCUUUUAACUUGAUAGUAUUAGUUGAGGAUUGAUUAUACAGAAAAACAUAGAGGUCAAGAGGAUCCGCAUAAAUCAAUACGUCGCAUACUGAGAAAAUUCUUUUUGAUUCGUUCGAUAUCCAGGCUAACAGAAUCUGGACCACAAUUAACAAGAGGAGGGCAAGAAAGUUUGUAGUUUUACUUCCUGUGGUUCUUGCAGGGGUUCAUAUUGCAACAUUGUAUGCAACAGCCUCGGGGUCACACAUCACAUAUCUAUGCGACACAAUUGAUAGAAUUAUAAUGUAAACAUAUAUUGGGACUUGUAAUAUUUCAUUUUUUUGUCUGCUAAUGUGUUCAUCAAGAUUAGAUGCUCUAAAUCUACAUACGUUCCUUUUAUGAUUACAGUCGAUAGUAAUAUUCUAGAAGAUGAGAAUUGCUCCAUCGCCAUCAAAGAAUUAUGGUAAAUAUGUGGGUGUGGACUGCAUGACCCCUAUAAUCAGUUGUGACAUUGAUUCCUCAGGCACAGGCCGGGCUUCCAAUCUGAAUCCUGGGUCAAGUGGCCGGGACGAAAAUUCCCGGAACUCAAAAGUGGAGAAUACUCGACAAGAUCUGCCAGGCUCGAAAUCAAUUGUUCAAGAGCUACCUCCCGUUCCAAGAACUAUGCCAAAGCAUGACAUAUUUGUUGAUGAUUUGAGCAUUCAAUGGAGCGAUCUCAUCCUAAAGGAGAGAAUUGGUGCAGGUACACCUGAAACUUCUUGAUGGAUUUUUCAUUGUCUUAAAAGGGUAAAAAAAAAUGCACACAGCACCUCAUGCCUUGCAAGUUUCAGGUUCUUUUGGCACUGUCCACCGUGCUGAUUGGAAUGGCUCGGUAUGUUUAUCAUCCGAUUAUCUAAUUUUUUAUGUACAUGAAUUUCUUCUGAUUUACGUCUAUGAAGUACGGUUUUGACAUACUUAUAGUUAUUAAAUUAGCAAUCUGUUUCCUGGGAAAGUUUCUGUCAUAGUUUGUUAUGCAUAGACUUAUUCCUUCUGAUCGACCUACAUGCAUAUCGUCCACUGUUUAUCUUGUCCUUGUUUUACAUUUCGUUUCAUUUCUCUAUCUAUUUCUUCGAAAGUUUUUAUCUCACCUUAUGAUGGUAUACUCAUAAAUUUAUUACAUACACGAGAAACCCGCUGGUGGGGUAUUUAUACAUCCUUUAAUUGUUGAAGAAUGGAGCACAACUAUUUCUUAUCUUCUGAAACAUUGUGAUGUAAUUAUUUCCAAAAAUUUAACUUGUAGGACGUUGCUGUGAAGAUCCUGAUGGAUCAAGAUUUUCAUCCCGAGCGGCUGAAGGAGUUUAGAAGAGAGGUAUGCCCCCUUUCGUCCGCGACAAUGAUUUCCCUUUGUCUGGUGUUUCAGGCGAUGGGGAGAUUUUUGGCCUCAGAUCUAUUUUAUUAUUUUCUUUAGGACAGUAAUUAGCAUUUAAUUCAUCUUAUCAGUCCUGUACACUUUGUCCAUGCUCUAAACUGAAACAAUCUGCUAAGCAUUGACAUUGAUUCAUGUGACGGGGAUGUUUUGGUUUCGAAAAGGUGGUCAUUGCUACGGAAAGUAGUACUAACAAUCACUGGUUUGAAUUCAUGGGAUUUGAUGCAAACCGUACAAGGAUAAACAGCCAGGAAAAAUAUAUUCUACUUCUCUAAUCAUAGAACAAUUGCUGGUUAUAUACAAUUACCCUGGCCGCAAAGAAAAGGAAACUACCUAGGUUAAGGAAACUGACCAACAGAAGCUAACUCCUAAUUAUACAUUUUUGCCAGUCUUGACAGUAGAAAGGCAGGAAGGGAGGUGGACUUGAAGGUAAGAUCAGAUCUAGCUGCUCUAUCCUUACUACUGAAUAGUGUUGACUUGGGCAGUUUUUUUUUUUUGGAGCUUUAUGGUUUAAGUAAGAAAUGAGAAACUUGAAACAGUGGAGAAUAAGAUGGUAAAGACGGAAGCAGGAAGAAGUAGGAGGAAAUGAUUGAAAAAAAGGGUUGAUACAGAAGUAGGUAGGAAAUCUGAGGAAUGAGGAGGUGAAAGAAAGGAGGUGAGAUUGAGUAAAGAACGGGUGCUUGGAAAAGAGAGUUGAAUAGGUUUUGUUUUUUUUUUUUUGGGUGGGAGGGGAGAAGCUGAUGUGUAUUUCGGUAAGGGUUGUGAUGCUAAUGGCAGCUGGUAUAGCAACCCGAAUAGCUUUUGCAGAGGCCGGACCCUGAAAUCCAGUUAUGAGAGGGGCUGCAGAAAUCAUCUCAUAAGUGACAGCAAAUGAUUUCCUGGAUAGGUGCUUGGAGUAGCAAUGAACGCUCAACUUCAUUCUGUAUUUCUUUCUCCUCUGAAAUGGCAAUUCCCGAUUCCUGGUGCGUUAAAAUAUACGACAAUAAAGCUAUAAGUUUUAGUCCAUAUACUUUGCACUGCAUGACCCGAACAUCCGAUGGCCGAGUUAUUAUAAUAUUUUACAUUUAUGGUUUAUUGCAACUAUAAUCAGAACAUCAGGUCCUUAUAGCCACGAUACUGACCCAUUUUGGCUUUCCUCUGCUAGAAUUUGUAAUUUCUUUUUUGUCUCACCAACAGUGUUUCAAUCAAGUUCUGAACUCAUUUACCUGCAUCGCGGCUGAGCUGAACUCUGCCUUAAUCAAUCGGUCAAACACUUCUGCUCCAAUAUUAGAUACUUUUCGUGUCGUAUUCCAAACCCACAUUUUUUUUCGAAUAUUCUCCGAGAUUGAUCCUUCCUAUGCGACCUCUUCCUAAUUAAUAAGCACUAACAGUGCCUCUGACAUCCCUUUAAGGAUUGGUUCAGAUCCUGUUAAAUAAGGUGCUCUUCUCAUUAAAUCAAUUACAUGUAGUCAUUUAAAGUUUGGCAAAUAAUCUCCUUUUCAGUUGUGGUCGAACAAAAAUAAUUCACUCUCCCCAGGAAAUAGGAAAGAGCCCAUUUCCAUAGAUUUCCUGAACAUUAAUUUUUCAAUCCAUUCGAGUCUUUUGGCGUGAUGGAUAUGCAUUUACUUUUUCAAAUCGUUUUUGUCUGGUGUAGGCUUCGUAACCGAGUGGUAAUUUAUAAGUAGACCUACAAGCCAGUCCAUCUCCUGUUGCAUUCCAUAAAAAUGUGAACAAUAAUUUCGUGUUUUUUCCUCCCCUGUAGGUCACGUUAUGAUGACUUCUAGGUUGUUAACGUGUUCUUGAUUGUUCAUAUAUAGGUCGCAAUAAUGAAAAGCCUUCGGCAUCCAAACAUUGUUCUUUACAUGGGUGCUGUCACUGAACCUUCAAAUCUUUCUAUUGUAACAGAAUAUUUAUCGAGGUAUUCUCCAUUGCUCGUUUUCUUUACGUGUUCAAUUUAUAUCUUCAGAGAAUUAACGCGCAAUUCCCGUUGUCCUUAUUUCUAAUAGUCUAAUUUGUGCAUCGAAUCACAGGGGUAGUCUAUAUAGACUCUUGCAUAGACCUGGUGCGCGAGAGAUGCUGGAUGAGAGGCGUCGACUAAACAUGGCAUACGAUGUGGUAUGCCUUUAUGAGCACAAAAUAGAAAGCUUGCAAAAUCUAUUGAUUUUCAUUUUUAGUUGAUAAUUUUCUGAAACUCUAUUUCGUAGAGGGAAAUUUUAUCCCAAAUCUGUAGAUCGACUUGAUUGCAUCUUCGUUAUACAGGCUAAAGGGAUGAAUUAUCUCCAUAUGCGCAGUCCUGCAAUCGUUCAUAGAGACCUGAAGUCUCCCAAUCUUUUAGUCGACAAAAAGUAUACUGUAAAAGUGAGAUCUUUGAACUUGAGCUUUACAGUAUUUACUUGAUUUUUGUUCUUACUCUCGCUGAUACACCGUUUUUUAACUCUAACUAUAUAUUCUUUCAUACGUUUUAAUUUUUUUAAUGCUUGUUGGCUUGUCUAUGAGAAUGAUCUGAGUUGGAAGGAAUCCAAUUAGUACCGUUCUAGUUUGAAUUUGCUUCCUGGUAGCCAACCAAAUCCUCUUCGUUGAAUCCCUCAUACAAACGCAAAACGAAAAUGGAGUUUUCUAAUCAAUAGAAAUAUUGAUCUCAUUCUUUUUGCCUCGUUUAUCUCUUUGUUCUCCUGGAGAGCUACAUUUUCAUGUAUAAAUGGUGAAAAAAGUUUAUUUUCCUUUAGACUUUUAGUUCUCAGUGGAAACGUGUGUUCUGCUCUUGGAAAAGAUAGCUUCUGCAACUAUUUUCCAUGCUAAUUGCUUGGUUCCAAUUCUCAACUAUUUCUCUUCUGAGCAUCCAGGUCUGUGAUUUUGGACUAUCACGUUUGAAGGCAAACACGUUCCUCUCUUCCAAGUCUGCAGCAGGAACUGUGAGUUGUUAUUAUAUCAUCCUUUUUCCCUCAUGUUCUGUUGCUUAAUCCUCCUACGACUGUCGAAGUUGACACAAUCGGUUUGGCUCUUGUGAUCAGCCUGAAUGGAUGGCACCCGAGGUUCUCCGUGAUGAGCCGUCAAAUGAGAAAUCUGACGUUUACAGCUUUGGCGUGAUACUGUGGGAGCUUAUGACAUUGCAGCAACCAUGGAGUAAUUUGAAUCCAGCGCAGGUCAGUAGUCAUCUAUCUCUCUCGAAGCUUACAUUCAGCAGAAUAGUGCACCGUGCUUAAUCGUGGUACCUUGUGUGUCUAGAAACGAGAUUAAUGUUAGAGCUUGGAAAACCCACCGCCGCAUUUGAACCCAAAAUUCAAACCAAGUCUCAUUUCCGUCGACUUGGGUACAGGAGCAAUCACCAAUUGCUUUGGUGAUUGCCGCUAUGGCAACUGUGUACUUUCAUGCUGAUCAUGAAAUAGAAGUUUGUAUUAGAGGAAUCGGGCAUUCAGCUGUUUCACCUGGGCUGAUCACGUCGAGCUGUUAUCUUGCUUGCAGGUGGUUGCUGCCGUUGGCUUCAAGAACCUUCGGCUCGAGAUUCCCAGCGAGAUGAAUCCUCACGUCGCCCGCAUAAUCGAGUCUUGUUGGGCCAAGUAUGCGGAUCUGCCGUUCCUGUUCUUCUGCCUUCAUUCUCUAUGCUCUGAUAUUUUUCUUGUUGUCAUAUUUGCUUUCCAUCUGGAUCCCCAGUGACCCGUGGAAACGCCCAUCAUUUAAGAGCAUCAAGGGAUCUUUGGACCCGUUGAUUAAGCCUCCAGCUCUGCAUCCCCAGUUGGGCACCGACAAUCAUCCUAUUUAG